AUGCGCCCUGGUGAUAUACCACGAGGGUCCGAAAGGGCCGUUGCGUGGACUGCUCUCGACAGCGGUUGGCAACGCGAGGCAAAUUUGCACGGCGGCUGUGCUCCCGGACAGCACGUGGAGAGAGACGCCCGACUAACGGUACUUCGGAACGCAAGCUCACGGGAAGAUGGCAGCCGCCCUGGUAGCAGCCACGGGCAGCCACCACGGCUUGGUGACUGCCAACGCGACACGGGCAUAUUCCAUAUUUACAACCAGAGACCGGCUGCGAAGCUGAUCCGCUCUCUCUCUCUCUUGUGGUACGAUAAGGGGUCGGCUGGGAGUUGGUCAUAUGGCCUUCCCCUGGACCGCAGUUGCGUCAACGACGAAGGCGCGUGGACAUCCAUGCAAAGUUCUUUAAUGUCCCCUGAGGGGUUGUUUAUCGUGAUGAAGGCCGCCGCAUUGACGGGAUAUUCGGCGCAUGGCCUCGACGUCGGACACGUCGUUCUCGACGCUCUCGGUGAGCGAUGGACUAUCGAGCUCUGCCAGCGCGACUAUCUUUCCGUAGUCUACAGUGGAAGGACCUAG